CCGCCGAAGUGCCUGUCAUUUGGAGUAACACCAGGCAAAGAGGGGCGCUGAGACACACGACAGUCCGGAUAACAUUUCUUCAGCGUCAACUUUUUUUAGGUUUCUAGACUCGGAUAAACUACUGACACAUUUUAAAGACUAGUUAGCGUCAGCCAAUCAUCUGCAUGACUAAAGGACCAAAACGUUGCUGUAAUUGCUACAAGUUCAGCGCACUAACCGACAAGCUGAAGCUGCGCACUACACCAACAUUUUAACUGUUGAAAGACUGUGCAUCUCAAGAAGUUUAAUUAAUGACUUAAGUUUAGCUAAUGAAUGCCUGGGGAGGAAUUUAUUCGCGUAUUUUGCAGUAAAACUACCACAUAGUUAGGUUCAGUCAUGUCAGCAUCACCUGUGCACUCAGCUCGGGUCAGGCGCAGCAAUGACGGGUCUCCCAUCAACACCACCUCCUCCUCCUCCUCCUCAGCAGCAGCAUCAUCAUCCAGCCCGACCCGCCCUCCCGCGUCCCCCUCCUCCUCCUGCUGCUCCUCCAUCUCAGUCGGAAGCAACACAGAACCGACAGCAUCAGCCCAGCACAGCAGCUCCUGUCCCGGCAGCCCGACGCUCGCCAGUCCGGCAGGAAGCGGCUCGCUGGACGGUCGGCUGAUCCCGCGGCAGAGGCGCUCUCCUCCGGAGCACAGGAGCUCACCCGAGCGCUGCCCUCAUUCACCUGUCCUUAGAGUUGAGAGGUCAAAGUCGCAACAGGUGUGGAGCACAGGUGCUAUCAGACGGACUUCCUCUCUGGGCGCUAUCACCGGGCCCUACCUGAUAGGGCAGUGGCCACGUGAAUCCCACCUGCACAACCCCUCAUGCAUGAAAGACAAGUCUACACAGACUCCUGGAUGUUGGAGUGACGAGAGCGAAGAGAAAAGGAGCACACACCAGCGCUCGGCGUCCUGGGGCAGCUCUGACCAUCUUAAAGAGAUUGCUAAGCUCAGGCUCCAGCUGCAGCGCAGUAAGCAGAGCGGAGGCCGGCAGUGUAAGGACAGUAAAGAGCAUCUUUCCCCCCUCCCCUGCUGCAGCAGCACCACCACCAUUACUGCCACUACCAUCAGCACAGCUCCGUCAUCCAUGUCGAAGUCAGCACAGAUGCCACUGUCCAACAUCACAGUGCCAAAGCCCUCCAUCUCCAGGGUUCCCAGCAGCAUGGAGGGCAUCAACCAUGAGCUGGAGAAAGUCUUCAUCAAAGACAACGGAGAGAAAGAGGAGCUCAAGGCGCUGGAAGUUCCUGACGGGCGACGGGCUCCGUUUCCUCCUCAGCAGCGCAGCAGCAGCAGUCGUGGUAUAGACACUCAGACGCCAUCAGUGCCUGGACGCUCCAGUAGCUGCUCGAGCCUGUCGCCCUGCCCCUCGCCCGCUUGCCCGCCCCGCUCACAUGACGGCAGCCCUUACUCCACCGACGAGAUGCUGGACGACAGAGACAAAGACAGCGGCAGCAGUUCUCCUCUGCCUAAAUUCGCCUCGUCCCCAAAACCCAACAACAGCUACAUGUUCAAACGGGAGCCUCCAGAGGGCUGUGAGAAGAUCAGAGUGUUUGAGGAAAUGACGUCCAGACAGUCAGCCACCGUCCCCCUUUUCUCCUGCCCUGACAAAAACAAGGUCAACUUUAUCCCCACCGGCUCUGCGUUCUGCCCUGUCAAGCUCCCGGGAUCCCUUCUCCAGCAGAAAGAGGAAAGCCAAGCCGGCCCCAGCAGCGGCUCACACCCCCUCGCCCCACACCAUCACAUGCCCACUCAGGUCUCCACCAGCACGAGCACAGACGACCCUCCCGAAUCUCCCUCCCAACAGCAGGAGGCGCCCUCAGAAUCGGCCUCCCAGCCUCAGAACUUUGAAGUCAGCUAAACGCGGCAGAGCUGGUCUCGGUCGCGCCGCUCCGCACCCAUGUAGAGGACCGUUCGUUCCCCGCCCCAAACUUCCUCUUCUCUCUCUGAUGGACCCCACCUUUGUGCUGAAUCUUUACUAUCUGCAUGGCAUAGCAACUGUGGCCCGAACGAGAAUCGCAAAUGUAAACGCAGCCGAGGGGUUCGAGUAUGUGGCAAUGCCACGCUUCGGUGUCUGGGUGGGAACGGCGUCUGAAGGAUGCGUUUUGGGAAAAGGACCUUAGAAUAUGCAAAUAAAAAAUUCUAAUGGCUUCACUGUUAUCUUGAUAAAUGAGUGAGAGUCUCAUACGGAAAUCGUAUUUAUUAAAUUUUGCCUAUUGAUUAGUUCAGUCACAUUCCAGAAAUUCCCAUUUUGCUUUUUUAGUGUAGGAUGUAGAUGCGUUCGCAGGUACUUUUCCAUCUGAUUUGAUUCCGCGUUGAUCCCGAGCAACUGCACAGCUGUUUUCAAACGCAGCUUUCGUGUGUGCUUAAAAUUUAAGCAAAGUGGCUUUUGUAUGAGCACUAUAAUCAGACAGCGCAAAGCGAAGUGUCGCCUUCGAAAACACCGCCGAUUUACAAGGAGAAAGAUGACUGACCUUUUCAGGAAGGUCUUAAUAGUGUCAGGGCAUGCAUUUGAAACUGAUCGUAUGUUUAACAUUAAAUUAUGUGUCGUGUUCUCUUUCAACAUCCACAGUAUGAAUAAGCUCUCUCUCUAUCAAUAUAUCUAUAUAUGAAUCUAUAUAUAAAGAAAAAAGCUUGUUUGAAUUUAAAACCGUGUAUUGCUGUGUUAUGUACAUUUUGGGAAAUGAGCUGUACUCCACGGGUUGACGACUGUCCAGGUUUCCUACCUUCUGACGAUGGUGCAGAAAGAGAAA